GGUAACGACGCGGCAGACUGGAGUUAAGACAUAUAAAAAGUGAUCAACUCGUCUGGGUCUGUGUAAACAUAACAUGGUGUCAGAGUUAAUCUCGCAAUAUAAAAACAUAAGAACGUGGCGCAGUUACAGCCACCAAAAGCUUUAAGCCUGCAAGUCAAUCUUUCCGAGAAUUGGAAAAGUAGCAUCCCGCGGUUAGAAAUUGCACUGCGAGCGGCAUAGCAGAGAAAUCUUUGCAUGUUGCUGGAGAGGAGGCGAUACAAGUAUGUAACACGUUUGACUUCCAAAGAGAUGAGAGAUAAAAACGCAGUGCUUAAGAAAAAAUUCUAAGAAUAUUGUGAACCGAGGGACCAUCGGAGACGAUAGAAGCGUACGUCACGGACCUGAAAAGCAAGGCAAAGUCACUGUGAGUUUGAAAAGCUGCAGGACUCCCUGGUAAGAGGUAGAAUUGUUUGCUGUUUAAGGGACGACCAAGUGAGAGGCGGACCUCACGCUAGAAAAGGCUAUUGAUAUUUGCCUUGCCAGCGAGAUCACAUCUAGCCGAGUCAAAGCACUAAAUGAUGAAAUGGAAGUGCAUAGGAUCAGGACAGUAAAAGCAAACGGGAAGAACUACAAAAUUACUUAAGAACAGUAGGUGGCCACAAUGCAGCACCCGGAAACCAAGUCCCAUUCAGAGGCCGCACUGGUCAAGGCUGAGAUGUCAAUAGAGGAAGCCCAGCCAAGGCUCAGCGAGCACCAGGCCUCAGAACUGCUCGGCCGUCUCUUUGGGUUGACCGUGUCAUUGAUCCGCCCGCUGCCAAGCUAUCAUGACCAGAACUUUCAUGUGGUGGCCGGCGAGGGAGGCCAGUAUUUGCUGAAGAUCAUGAACUAUGUGUUGAGCCAGAGUCUGGAUCAGUAUGAGCUGCAGAACCACGCCAUGGCCUUCCUGCACCAGCAUGGUCUGCCUGUUCAGACUGUCCUGCCCACCCUCACUGGGACCAUGAUGAGUCUUGAGGAUAUCGAUUGUGGAUCUGGUAGUCAGAAGUACUUGGUGCGUUUGUUGACCUUCUUGCCUGGAACCACCAUCGCUAAUAUCCACUGUUCCCCACGCAUGCUCUACGAGGUAGGAAGGAUGGCAGCAACAACGGAUACAAUGCUGCAGAAGAUGGAGCACCCCAAACUGUGGGCCUUGCAGCGAGAGAACUACUUGUGGGGCCUGGGUAAUGUGCACCUGCUGGAGCCCUACCUGCCGGCGCUGGAGGGAGAAGACGAGCUUCGGCUCGUGAAGGACGUCAUGAAGAUGUUCAAGAGUGAAGUCUUGGUACAUAUGAGUUCCUUCCGCAAGAGUCCAAUUCAUGGAGAUUUCAAUGACCAAAAUAUCAUAGUGGAACCAGACUCUCCGAUUGGCUACAGAAUCUCUGGAAUCCUGGACUUCGGGAAUAUGAACUAUGGCUACUACAUCUUUGAGCUGGCCAUCACCAUUAUGUACAUGAUGAUCGAGAGCCAAAGUCCACUGGAAGUGGGGGGGGUGGUGUUAGCGGGCUGGGAGAGUGUCCUCCCGCUGGACGAGGUGGAGCGAGACGCACUGUACACGCUGGUACUGGUCCGAUUCUGCCAAUCUCUGGUAAUGGCUCGCCAUACAGCCUCUCUGCACCCAGAAAACAAAGACUACCUCAUGAUCACUGCACGCAAGGGGGUCCGACUUCUACCCUUGCUCUGGAAGCUUGGCAAGGAGGCUGUGCUCAGGAAGUGGGUAGAUGAUGCUGGAGAGUAUUCAGACAGGAAGUGAUGAUAGGACUGGUGUGAUGCAGGUUCCUGCUGCUUUUCGGUUCAUAUGGGUUUGCUUUAAUUAAAAUUUCACUGUGAAAUUUUAAAUAAAUCUGGUCAGACAAUAUACCACUUUUAACAGUUUAAUCUUUAAAUGAUUUCAUGAUCCCAGUGUUAUAGGGACAAUGGUUCUUUAUUUUUUGACAUAAAACAGGCUUGAGGCUCCUCACCUUCUAAGGGUUUUGGAAACAAAUAUACUCUAUGAAAGUCAGUAGGCUUAUCACACAAAGGUUCCAGCAAGCAAAAUCCAUAAAGUUCUCACCUAAAUGAGUUAACUCAGAGAAACAUUGAACUUACUAACUUACUAGAGUCUGGCUGACAGUGGAUUCGAUUCCGAUAUUUGGGAAUAAAAACAAUUCCAGUAACAAUAUACCGUUAUACAUAUACAUAUGGAUCCCUCAGAUUUGGUUGUAAAGGGAACUGUGAAAGAUGCACUGAAGACAGUAUAUUCUACAAUACUUGAAAAAUGAAUGGGCGAUGUUGCUAAAAGGAGG